GGCAUUAUUAGAAUAUUAGAGGGAGAGAAGCAUUAAUGGAGAAUUAGAGGAUUCUCCUUCAAUCGUCAUCCAUGGAGACCGCCAUUCUCGGUCGAAUUCCCCUAUCUCAACUCAUCUCUCGCCCGUCAAUCCCUGGAGAUAAGAACCAUUUACAAAUUCAAUGGGGAAGCCACAAUGUAAUGGCAUUGCCAAUUGCUGGAAUGGGAAAAAGUGGCGGCGGGUUGUUAGACAGGCCUGUAAUAGAGAAAACAACUCCUGCCCGUGAAUCUGAGUUUAAUUUGAGGAAAUCGAGGGAAAAGUCGCCAUCAUACCGGGUGAUGUUGCACAACGACGAGCACAACAGGAGGGAGUACGUGGUGCAAGUGCUGAUGAAGGUCAUACCCGGGAUGACCAUUGACAACGCGGUCAACAUCAUGCAAGAGGCCCACCACAAUGGCCUCUCUGUCGUCAUCGUCUGUCCCCAAGUCGAUGCCGAAGAGCACUGCAUGCAGCUCAGAGGCAAUGGCUUAUCCAGCUCUAUCGAACCUGCCUCCUCCCCCGGCUGUUGAAUCCUCCACUAGUUGCCCCCCCAAAAAAAUAAAUGAAAAAUAAAAAGGUAGGCUUUGCUUACCUUUCUAUGUGUACAUAGACGUUGAUGUAAGUUGAAACCUGAUGAGAACCCAUAUCUAGUUUGGAAACUUUGUGUUUCAUGUUGAACUUUGUGUUUAUUACUACUCAUGUAUUCGACAACGCCGGUUGUGUUUAUAAAAACAUGUCACUCAUAUUUUGAUAUUUUCUUUACAUUUUAUUUCUAGUUUAAUCUUUUUCUCUAACUAUUUAAAUACUCCGUAUAUAUUUACUCAUUAAAAAACUAAAUUUAAA